AUGGACUCACGCUCGAAAUGGAAGGCUACAGCGUUGCUGACAUGGCUUCUAACUACAGAAAUAGCCCACUGUCUCCCACGUGUGGGAAAUGAGGUAGAAGCUGCUCUACGAAACACAGCUACCGAGCCAGCAAGAGCCUUUCAGACUCAAUAUCCACCUUCAAACAGUGAAAGCAGGGUUCUCAUUCCCGAGUCCCACCCAGUGUAUCGAGUAGCUUUGGAACAAGACGGACAUUCAUCAGAAUUUCCUUUUCCACAGCUUGACAUUGACGAUUUCAUUGACGGCUUGGAAGAUUUGUUGGACGAAGAAGGUGAGACUACUACGGAACCAGCACUGACUGCAACAGGACAGUCUACGUCUACUGAUACAGACAAACCGGAUCCUAUCCAAGCGACAACUUCAGCAAAACAGCCUGAAGACCCAGCGCCAGUUCCUACAGCUGGAUCUGUGACAACCUCGCCGCAGACCAAGCCAAGCACUACAAAGACGCAAGAGGCCGUUCACACAAAUAUUUCGCCCACGAUUGGAGCAGAUCAUCCCAAAGCCAUGAACGGCCAAGAUAUCUUCCAGCCAGUGGCCAGUGGCCCGGUCCCUGCUAAUAUCCAGUCUCGACAUGACCACCCUGUGCAGAACCAGCACGCUGAUACCACUGACCCUAUUGCGACGAAUAAGUUCUAUGCCGGCCUUUUCCUAGGCUCCCAGAGCAAUGCUACGUUCUCCCAGCCCUACUCUCUGGCAUGGUCCAAGGGAGGCGGCACACUGAAGAGCUGGGGUAUGACUAUCACCCAUGCCCAGCCUCACAUGCUCGCGUACGGACCUGAGAACAACAAGAUCCCCGGAAACCCAGUGCAGUACUACGUCAAUCCAGGGGGCCUUCAACAUCUGGUUUUCUCAGCGGCUGAGCUUGACCAGUCUUCCAUCAUGACCGUUGAGCAGCCAAAGGUUUUCUCGGCCCACGCUGUGAUCAAGCGCUCCAAAGGCUCGGCUCAGCAGAUCACCUUCCCCAUUGUACAAGGCAUGGGCUAUACAACAGCUGUGUACAAAGACCUGCAGCCUCUGAUUGAAAGUGGUAUUUUCUUCCGCAAGGUCGUCAGCGCCGGUUCACCUAGGCCCGGUAUCUUCAAGUACCAGGUUGACCUUGAGGAUGAUACGACCUGGCUUCUCUAUGCCACUCCGGCAGAUGGCAAAGAUCCAAACUUCAAGCUAGACUCAAAGACCAAUAUCCGCGGUCCCAAGGGCUUUUCUGGUACUAUCCAAGCCGCGAAGAACCCCGCAGGCAAGUCUGGCGAGAAGUUCUACGAUAACUCAUGUGGCGUCUACCCGGUGUCAGGAGAGGUCUCUGGCUCUGUCACAGGUGAUGUGGGCAACUACAUGCUCUCUUGGGCCAAGGCCGGAAAGGAUGUCAAGGGUACACCUCUGAUCAUGUUCGCCCUGCCCCAUCACGUCCAGUCCUUCGACAGCGCCACCAAGGGCCGUAUCACCGAUAUCCACCUUCGCACCACAACAAAGGGCAAUGCCACUGCCGUGAUCGGUGAAAGCUGGACUAUGGUCGAAGAAAAUCUUCCCAUCGAUAUGGGAUUCGCCCCUUGGUCAACCACGCAUGGCAGUAUCCAUGACCUCUCGGCCACAGCCCAGCAUGCCAUUAUCCAGGCUGCUCCCACUGAGCUCAAGCAGAAUAUAGCAGAACAGACUGCUCUCAACAGCAUGUACUACAGCGGCAAGGCGUUGAGCAAGUUCGCAACGUUAGUGUACACGGUUAACCAGCUCGGUAACAACGUCGAGAUCGCAACAGAUGCCUUCCAGAAGCUAAAGAAGGCUUUCGAUCUGUUCGUGCAGAACAAGCAAGAGAACCCGCUUGCCUACGACACUGUCUGGAAGGGCGUCGUUUCGACCGCCGGCUAUAACGGGGACCUGAACCAGGACUUCGGAAACACCGCAUACAAUGACCACCACUUCCACUAUGGCUACUUUGUCCAAGCAGCCGCCAUCAUCGGCGCUCUUGAUCCGAACUGGCUGGCCGCAAACAAAGAGUGGGUUAACAUGCUUGUUCGUGAUGCUGGUAACUCUGUUGCCAAUGAUCCCCACUUCCCAUUCUCCCGCUCGUUCGAUUGGUAUAACGGACACUCCUGGGCGAAGGGUCUGUUCGAAUCUUUCGAUGGCAAGGAUCAAGAAUCUACGUCGGAAGAUACCAUGUUCGCUUAUGCCAUCAAGAUGUGGGGACAGACAACCGGCGAUGCCAGCAUGGAAGCCCGUGGCAACAUGAUGCUAAGCAUCCUGGGCCGAUCUCUCAAUAACUACUUCUUGAUGCAGGAUGACAAUGUGAACCACCCAUCGAAGUUUAUCGCGAACAAAGUCACUGGAAUUCUAUUCGAGAACAAGGUCGAUCACACCACAUACUUCGGUGCCAACCUCGAAUUCGUCCAAGGUAUCCACAUGCUACCACUCAUGCCACACUCCCCCUUGACCCGACGAAAGGAGUUCGUGCGGCAGGAAUGGCAGGCAAUGUUCGCUGAGCACGCCUCAACACCGGCCUCCAAGGUCGACGGCGGAUGGAAGGGCGUGUUAUAUGCCAACCUAGCCCUCAUCGAUCCCAAAGCGUCGUGGGAGUUCUUUGCCCAGCCGAAUUUCAACUACAGUUGGAUCGAUGGUGGUGCUACGCGUACUUGGUACUUGGCAUUUGCUGCUGGUCUUGGUGGUGCUUAG